CACAGACACAGGUGUACUUGCCUUAGGAGUUUGGUCUUCUUCUUCUUCUUCUUUAUUUCGGCUUCCCCGUCGAUAAACGAUCUUCUCCUGUUUCAGCGACAGUCGCUUCGAAUUCCUCGUUCAGUGCCUAUCAAAGCUAUGCCUAAAAGAGGAGCAGAAGCGCCUCCUUCGUCUGAAACCCAAAGAGUCAAACCUGCAGACUCUUUCGGUGAUUACAGAUCUCAAGUAUCUCAACUCUUGUCUCAAGAAGAGAAGAUCUCGCUUCGAAAUCAAGAAGCCACUAUGAGCCAUUCCAACACUGCAAUAGGAGCUGGGAUGUCACACCUCAAGAGAGAGGAUUUGAAUGUUUUGUUAAGGCAGUGCGUGAGGGAUCUAACUCCAGAAGUUAAUGAGAUGCAUUUGCGUGCAUGCAGCAUGAAACGGUUUUCAGACAAGGCAACCAAAUGUGAUGUUCCUGCAGACUCUGAAGAUGAUGUGACGAAUCUUCUGUCUAACCCUGAUAUUGUCAAGAAAUUAACCUCCCGGUAUUCAAAUGUUCUUCUUCAUGAGCUGGAUGAUAUGCAGCAGCAACUCGAGAACAUCCUUGAUGAUGUAGUGGCUACUUGCAGGCCUAUGAGUCGCGGCGAAAAGUUAGAUCUGCGGAAAGCAAUCAUGGAGUUGCCUGGGGGAAACCGUGACCGUAUCGCUGGGAUAGUGGAAGAACAUUGCAGAACGUCUGGAAAGGAAUUUUCAGACGAGGUUAUCGCCAACUUGGAUCAGUCGGAGGACAACACAAUGCUAUGGAGAUUGCAUUUCUAUGUAGGAGCAGUCAAGAAUGCUCAGAAGCUCGCUCGCUAGCUGCCUUAGGCUGUAUACAUAUGUUUUUUUUUUGUCAACAUAUGGUUAAGAGAUGUUGGAAUGGUGUGAUGGGCUGUUGACUGUUCAAACCGGUCUGGAAUCAGCAGUAGUAAGUCCUUUAUGGCCGGUUUGAUUUACACUGUUUUUUUUCCUCAUAAACUGGCUUAAACCGGUUCUGGUUUUGCAAGACUUUGAUCAAAGAUUAAAUUGGCUGGUCAGAUGAUUUUCCUGGUCUAGUAAUUUUUAAA